UGUUGUUGUUGUUUGUGAUCUAUUCUCCGUGUUUCGUAGACGAAAUCGGGAAUCAUGCAAGUCGGCGGCGGCGGCGGCACACAGGCUGUUCUUCAGGCCCCCAACAGUUACGAUCGAGUGAGUGAUUGGAUAACCUACGAGAGCAGUGCGGAUAAGGGUGUUCAAGAAGUGUCCAGAAGGAAUCCAUAUCCUUACGUAUUCUUCAGGUUGGAGAGCGAGAGUUCGGCUGAUUCCCAAGAUGACACUGAGAGUGUUUACAGUGUGCAGGGCAAGGAGACCGACUUAGCACAAGAUACCUCGGAUACAGAAUCGAAAAGUGAUUGCUCGUCAGUGUCUGUUGACCUAGAGGUCGAAUUGGUGGAAUUCGAUGUCGCCAGUUUAUCUGACGACGAGUUCCCCAUGGCCAGCGGUUACUCGUCCAGCGGAACAGAUGAUUGGAAGGCGGCGGAAGGCGCUCUGGCUGCGGUGCUGUGCGACAGCUCCUUGGAGGCGUGGGGCACGGAUCACGAGAUGUCCGAGGACGGAUCGAGCGUGGAGAAGCAGAAGAAGGAGGCGACGACGGGCCACUGGAUAUGUGUACAGUGCAAAUCGAAGAAUGACAAUCAGCCAUUCAGAUACUGCGAGAGAUGCUUUCAGAUUUGCAGACUCUGUAAGACUGGACGAGCUUACAGGUAUUUCUCACUGUGCGGUCAGUGCUUUAAGGUAAGAAAAAGUUUGUUCCCUCCACGACCGCGCGGAAAGCGUAAACGCAAGAGGAGCCCCGAUCCUAAAGUAAAUUUAGAAACGGUGCGUUCGUGCAUUCGCAGGAUGUCCGAGGAUGUGAACUCCACGAGCGCCGGCGAGCAGAUCUCCCAAUGGAACUUCAAUACGAUCGUCGUGCCCGAACAUUUGAAAAUGCCGUCUUUCGCUGAUAGCGCGAUAUCCUCGUCGUCUUCUACGACCAAACGAAAAUCAGCGCAAUCCGAGGACGUUGACGAUGAUGAUGAUGAUGAUGUGGAAGAAAAUGAAGAGCCGGCAAGUAAAAGGCGCCGCAAGAACAUCGACAGCGAAUCCGAUUUGAUGAAAUGUGAUAGCGGCUUGAGCAGCGGUCUCUCGCAGAGCAGCAGCACCAGCAGCAGCUCGGACGAGACGAAGUUCGGAACGGAACUGUGCAUAAUGUGCAACACGAGCCCGCAGAACGGAAUAUUCCUGCACGGCAGUAUAGGUCACAUGUGCUGCUGCUACAAAUGCGCGAUGAAAUCGUGGAAAUCUAGUAAACGCUGUCCCGUCUGCAAUUGCAAAGUUAAAAACGUUAUCAAAGUCUUUAAAAUGUAAGUAGAGAGCUCGCACAUGAAGGAGAAAAGCGGAGCAGAUUAAGUUAGUAAGCGAGAAGAGAAAACAAAGAAGAAAAAAAAAUAAUAAUAUAGAAACCAAAAGUGUUUUUUUUUUUGGCAAAAGCAAAGAUAGACGAAUUUCUAAUUGAGAAUCAUUUAUAUAUGUAUAUUUUUUUUUUUGGAUGAAGGAAGAUAGAUUAUGUUAUUAAAUAUUUAUUAUUUUUUUUGCGCUGCCGUCUCUCCGGUUCUUCGCCUAAAUGAGUCCUAUUUAGGGACGAAUCAACCGGACGACGAGGCAGGAUUUACUUUACUUUUGUGUUUAUUCUUUCUUUUAAAUUAAUAAUUAACUUUAUUAAUGCGAAACGAAUUUGUAAU